AUGAACUUUUACGGCCAAGUUAUAAACCUUGGAACAGAGGCUGGUAAUGGAAAUAGUGAUGGAGAAAAUUUUAGGCUUAUGAAUGGUGACAUGAUGGAUUCUCUGUGCCUCGAAGUUUUGAACUCGGAGAGGACUGCAAGACUGUUGGUGUUCCUGAAAGCAGAUGGCAUUCAGCACCUGUUAGAACUGCAACCGCCAGUGAUGGGUUGGGAUGUUAUUCACAGACCCAGCCUGCCCUCAAAGGGAUCCAAGUCUACAUUUGGGAAGAAGACCAGAAUCUGGAAGCAGAUGUUAGAAACAUGCAUGAGCAGCCCCCCUCUGUCUCAGACAUCUCCUCCAACGCUUCCCGGCUCCGAGACGAGCUGCUGGGUGCCUCCUUAUCCCGUGGUAGAUGCUUUCUGCUGCCCGUUGCCAGUAAGGGGGCUUCUCCGGAGGGCGGGCGGCUCGGAGACCCUCCGGCCUGGACCCCCCGUUACCGGAGGCGGGCUGGGCUCCCCCUCCCCGGCUGCGUCCCGCUCCGAGGCCCCACCAAGGAGCCGCCAAAGCGAGCGGUCGCCAACAGGUGCAGACGUGCGAGGAAACUUUCUCUGGGUUAUUACUAGGAGUUUCCGGGGGGAAGGAAGGGAGAGCCCUCGGCUGCAGAGCACAAAGCGGCGCAGGGGGCCUGGCCAGAUAGACACGGAUAACUUUCCGCCGCCCUCCCUGACGGAGCGACCAUGGCUGUGUUCCUGGCGCUGUGGCUCAGGUGCACCGCUCAAGUUGGAUUAUGUUUAUUUUGAAAAUUCUUCCAGCAAUCCGUAUCUCAUUAGGAGAAUUGAAGAACUUAACAAGACUGCCAAUGGAAACGUGGAAGCAAAAGUGGUGUGUUUUUACAGGCGAAGAGAUAUUUCCAACAGCCUUAUAAUGCUUGCAGAUAAGCAUGCUAAAGAAGUUGAAGAAGAGUCUGAAACUACAAUUGAGGUUGAUUUGACUGAUAAACAGAAACAUCAGCUGAAGCACAGAGAGCUCUUCCUUUCUCGCCAGUAUGAGUCCCUUCCGGCAACACAUAUCAGGGGAAAAUGCAGUGUUGCACUUCUGAAUGAGACAGAGUCUGUCCUGUCAUAUCUGGAGAAAGAGGAUACUUUUUUUUAUUCAUUGGUAUAUGAUCCAUCACUGAAAACGCUUUUAGCAGACAAGGGAGAAAUCAGAGUGGGGCCCAGAUAUCAAGCAGAUGUGCCAGACAUGCUUGCAGAAGGAGAAUUAGAUGACAGAGAACAGGCAAAGCUGGAAGUAAAAGUAUGGGAUCCAGAUAGCCCCCUUACUGACCGUCAGAUUGACCAGUUUUUAGUUGUAGCACGUGCGGUUGGCACAUUUGCUCGAGCAUUGGACUGCAGUAGUUCGGUCAGGCAGCCUAGUUUACACAUGAGUGCAGCCGCUGCUUCCCGAGACAUCACACUGUUUCAUGCAAUGGAUACACUGCAUAAACACAACUAUGAUUUGAGCAGUGCCAUCAGUGUUCUAGUGCCACUUGGAGGGCCUGUCUUGUGUAGAGAUGAAAUGGAAGAGUGGUCGGCAUCGGAAGCUAGUUUAUUUGAGGAGGCGUUGGAAAAGUAUGGCAAAGACUUCAAUGACAUUCGACAAGACUUUCUCCCUUGGAAGUCGCUGACUAGCAUCAUUGAGUACUAUUACAUGUGGAAAACCACUGACAGAUAUGUGCAGCAGAAACGUCUGAAAGCGGCUGAAGCAGAAAGUAAAUUGAAACAAGUAUACAUCCCCACCUACAAUAAACCAAAUCCCAAUCAAAUAUCCAGCAGCAAUGGGAAACCCGCUGCAGUCAAUGGAGCAAUGGGAGCCUCGUACCAGGCACAGGCUUCAAUAGUAGGUCGGGCUUGUGAAAGUUGCUAUACUCCACAGUCUCACCAGUGGUAUUCUUGGGGUCCACCUAAUAUGCAAUGUAGAUUGUGUGCAUCUUGCUGGAUUUAUUGGAAGAAAUAUGGCGGCCUGAAAAUGCCCACACAGACAGAUGAAGAUAAACUGUCUUCCAGCCAACCUACAGAGGAGUCCCAUGUUAGAACUCAUAUGUCCCGGCAGGCCACACAGGGAACUCCAGUUCGUAACACUGGAAGUCCGAAGUCGGCAGUGAAAACACGUCAAGCUUUCUUUCUUCACACAACGUGUUGGACAAAACUGGCCCGUCAGGUCUGCAAAAAUACCCUCCGGCUGCGGCAGGCAGCAAGACGUCCCUUUGUCCCUAUUAACUGUGCUGCCAUUAAGGCAGAAUAUGCAGAUCGACAUUGUGAAGUUGCUGGAAGUCCUCUGAAGAUCAAAAGCACCAGAAAACCACUGUCAUGUAUCAUUGGGUAUUUAGAGAUUCAUCCUGCAGUGAAACCCAAUGUGAUCAGGUCAACACCAAGCCUUCAAAGUCCAAGUGCAAAACGACUGCUUGCACCUUCCACUCACUCUUCACUAAGUAUUUUGGGAAAAAGAAACUACAGCCACCAUAAUGGUCUUGAUG